AUGCCUCAUUUCCUCACCCCUCUCCGCCAACCGGUCAUUGCAGCGCUCGUUAUGCGCUCUUCGUUACUAAGACACCGCACUUUCUCCAAGCCUUGCGCCUAUGGUUGUCACCCUUCCCGAGCAAUCUCAGAUACUUCGGACUCUCGAUAUGAAGACUUCUUUCGCUACACCAGCGGCCGGUGGCUGUGGGACGAGGAUGCGCAACUCUUAGAACGAUACACACGAUUCAACGUACACGAGCUCCAGCGCGUUGCAGCUCGAAGUGUUGGCGCGCAGGACUGUGUCUCUGUGACCAAACUAGCGGAGGGUGGGUUCAACAAGGUCUUCCGGCUCGUCAUGGACAAUGGUUCCGUUGCCAUUGCGCGUAUACCUAAUCCCAAUGCUGGCCCUGCAUUCAAGACAACUGCCUCCGAGGUCGCGACUAUGGAUUUCGUUAGAACAAUCCUUGGAAUCCCUGUUCCAGAGGUCUUCGCUUGGAGCGCGGAAGCCGACAAUCCUGUGGGUGCGGAGUAUAUCGUGAUGGAGGAAGCAGUUGGUACACAGCUCGGGGAGCUCUGGCGCAACAUGGAACUUACUAGCAAGGUUCAAAUAGUUAACGAAGUAAUCGCAGUCGAGAAGAAGUUGCUCUCUUUGUCCUUCACGCGUUACGGGAAUAUUUACUUCGCACGAAACGCAUUUGCGGGCUGUGAAAAAGCCGAGUUAGCAGGCACCGUCUCUCGCUCACAGAGAGAAGAAGUCGGAGCCCGUUUCGUGGUUGGACCGGUUGUCGACAGAGACUUCUGGAAUAAGGAACGGGCAUCCAUGAACACUGAUCGCGGCCCUUGGACAUGUUCACAAGAUUAUCUGAAGGCAAUUGCCAAACGGGAAAUCUCUUGGAUCAGCCGCUACGCCAAACCAAAGCCGACGACCAAUCUCUAUGCCGCAUACGAAGCACAGAGCUUUACCGACACCCACAUAUCACUCUACCGAAAGUUCCUGGACUCUGUACCUUACCUCCUACCGAACAAGCAAGAGCUUAUCAGACCUACCAUAUGGCACUGGGACCUACAAGCUCCAAAUCUAUUCGUUCAAGGGGACAAGAUUACAGGCCUAAUUGAUUGGCAGGGGGCUUGGGCUGGCCCUCUCUUCCUGCAAGCACGGCAUCCGCGGCUUGUAGACCACAAUGGGAAGGUCAUGCUGAAGCUGCCCGACAACUACGAAGUGCUUGAAGACCCCAACGAGAAGGCUCGUAUUCGUGAUCAGGUUGAGAGGUCUAUCGUUCUGCACAUGUAUGAAGCGGGUACCGCCAAAGUCAACCCAGUCCUCCAUGAGGUUCUCUAUCUGAAACAUGGUCGUACAAGGAGAGAAACGGUCGACUUCGCCGCUGAUACGUGGGACGGAAGCAUCAUACGUUUUAGAGAGUGUCUUAUCCGAAUAGCCCGUCACUGGAAUGAUUUUAACAGCGAGAUGCCCUGUCCAAUAAGCUUCUCGGACGAAGAACUGAAAGCACAUUAUGAAAACGCGGACGGAUGGAACGAGAAGGCGGAUUUCUGGGCGUCGCUGGAUGGAUUUGUGCAUCGUGACGGGUGGACCUCGAACGAUAACUACGAGCAAGCGCUUGAGAUAUUUGCAGAACUCAGGGAGCAGGGCCUCAAGCAUCUGGAUGGCGAGGAGUUGGCGGUGUUCGAGGAGCAGACAAGAUGGGCUAUGAGACAGAAUACAAAAUAA